AUGGCAAACGGCCCAAAGACUUACCUCGCGGUCGAUUUAGCGUACGCAACGUCUACGUUCUAUGUGGACACGCCAUCAACCUCCCCGAGGAAGAGGUACCCUUCGUCUCUUCGAGUCUUCCGCUCGCCUUCUAACUUUGACGGUGGCAUGGCAGGUCCCGUGCGAGAAUUCUCGUUGCAAAUUUAG